UUAACGAUAGGCGAUUAGUGGAAAGUCAAAGUCUGGAAGGGAGCAAGUUGUCUUGUACUUGUACUCCAUUGGUUGCAGGUUUCAGUUGUACGGGUGGUUCUCAAAUCAAGUUGGCAUCAGGUUCAGAUUAAUCAUCUUUGUUUGUAGGAAAAUGUGAUUGAGCAUUCUGGGCAUGGGAAAUUGUUUGGGCACGAAUGGGAAAUCGGAUGGUCACAUUCACAAUUCUACACCGGCCAGUUCUUCUUCUGGGCCCAAUAGCAGAGAUGUGAAAUUCUCUCCACCUUCAACGCAACAAUUUUCCUUAGCCUCCACGACCCACAGCGAUUCCUCUGUUGUACCUCCAUCCACACCCAGACCUCAAGGUCGAAUCCUGCCUUCACCAAAUUUGAAGGUUUUUACCUUCAACGACCUCAAAAGCGCAACUAGAAACUUCCGUCCUGACAGUGUUUUGGGCGAAGGAGGAUUUGGGUGUGUUUUCAAGGGAUGGAUUGAUGAAAAUGCUUUCAUAGCUACAAAACCCGGGACUGGCAUGGUUAUUGCCGUCAAAAAGCUAAACCAGGAGGGUCUGCAGGGUCACAAGGAGUGGCUGGCUGAAGUGAAUUAUCUGGGGCAGCUCUCCCAUCCCAAUCUUGUGAAACUCAUAGGAUUUUGUACUGAAGAUGAUCAUCUCCUAUUAGUCUACGAGUUUAUGCAAAAAGGGAGUUUGGAGAAUCAUCUAUUCAGAAGAGGCACAUACUAUCAGCCCCUUUCUUGGGCCAUAAGGAUCAAAAUAGCCCUUGGAGCUGCCAGGGGGCUUGCAUUUCUGCACAGUGCAGACCCACAAGUUAUAUAUCGUGAUUUCAAGACAUCAAACAUACUUCUUGACUCGGCUUAUAAUGCAAAGCUUUCAGACUUUGGACUAGCCAAGGAUGGGCCAACAGGAGGUGACACACACGUCUCCACUAGGAUCAUGGGGACUUAUGGUUAUGCAGCUCCUGAGUAUAUGGCAACAGGGCAUUUGACAGCCAAAAGUGAUGUAUAUGGUUUUGGAGUUGUGUUACUGGAAAUGUUAUCUGGGCAACGUGCUGUAGAUACAAACCGACCGGCUGGCCAGCAUAAACUGGUGGAAUGGAGCAUGCCUCUUUUAGGUGAUAAACGAAAACUGUAUCAAGUUAUGGACGCUAGAUUGGACAGAAACUUUCCAGUAAAGGGAGCUCAUAAAGCAGCCCUUGUUGCUCUUCAGUGUCUUAGUGGAGACCCAAAACAGAGGCCCGCCAUGGACGAAGUAGUUCAAAAGCUGGAAGCGAUACAAGCUAUAAAGGAUAGACUUAGUAAUGAAGAAACUGCCACUGCCAAUGGAAAUGGAAAUAUGAAUAUAUAUCGCUCCCCUGCUCAUCCAAAACAUCAGCUUGCAUCUCCACAUCAUUCAUAUCAAAGGCAAUGACAGGUGGCCUUGUUUUUGUAUCCAUGUCUACAUUGGACUCUGAGAAGGAAUAAGGUAGACUAACCUAACAGCUUAACCAAUGUGUACUAUUGUAGAUGACACAAUAGUACAUGCUAGUCACAAUGCGUAAUCUUUAUAAUCACUAGCUGAAACAUUUUAAGUUAUGGAAAACAUGGUAAUUUGUAUGGUCUAAGUUUUAUCAUUCUACAUAUAUUGCCUAAUUUAUUGCCGUUAAGUUCA